AUGGGCGAAGAAUUCCUUUCUCCUAUGAAACCUUUAAGCUCGUAUCCUCCUUCAAAUGCCUUCAACGAUGCAAUCACAGCUAGUGAAGCCUUGGCAGCACCACAUGGCAAAACUCGUUGGUUGUUUGUGAAGUUUAAGAAUAGUGUAUUUGACCAAUUUUCCCGCUUGAAACGUUUCCGCAGUCGCAACCCUGACAAAAACAUCAACCAUGAAGGCGCUUUAUCGACUCCGAAUAUUGAGGUUCCAAAAAUUACAUCUCCUGCUGUGAAAGGUGUUGUUCCAAAAUCGGUGGUCGUACAGGAACAAAGCACGUCUCCUGAUGUGAAAAAAGAAACUGUUCCAAUCGCUAAAUCCCAAUCGGCUGCCGUGGCACUUCAAGCUGCCCGUGAAGAUGCACGUAAAUUCAAGACACUCGGGGGACAUGCAAUAAACGUGAUAUCUGCAGUCAGAAAUGGACCGGCGGAUCUCAAUACUGCAAGUAGUUUCCAGGACACGUAUCUCCAACCCCUCAGAAUAUUCGACUCUGCCAUCAGGAAUAUCGCGGAGAUGCAUCCAUAUGCGAAGAUCGCAUUGAGCGUGUUGUCUUGCGCAUCAAAAAUUGUUCUCGAUCAAGUGGAUCUCGAUGGAGCAGUAUAUUGCCUUGUCGAGAAACUGGCUGAUGUUUACGAAUUCAUGAAUGAGGACGAGACACUUAACCAGAUUUCGUCGAUGCAUAGCAUCGGACUACUCAAGCACCAAGGGUUUCUGGAAGAGAUUGGGAAAGAACGUUGUAUCGGAAACAAACAGUAUAAUCCAAAUGUACACCGACAAGCUGGAGGCACUCAUGCAAAACUUCCGGGAUCGAGUUGA